AAAGCCUUGUAAGCUUACUGGUUAGUUGUUCAAUGAGAAACUGUUGAUGUUGAGUUUAUUGCCACGAAACCCAAUUUGUUGAACAUAUUUUCGUGUUUCUUAAUUAUUUGAUAAAUUUGAUUGAUUAAUUGGUUAAAAUGGCCGAAUCCGCUCGUCCCAAGAUCGACGUUAUGUCAGAUGAGGUUACCGAUGUGAAUCCUUACAGUCGACUUAUGGCUUUGAAAAAAAUGGGAACAGUUAAAAAUUACGAGGAAAUCAGGUUAUAUACAGUUUUGAUUGUUGGAGUCGGAGGUGUCGGAUCUGUGGCUGCUGAAAUGUUAACUCGAUGUGGUAUCGGUAAAUUAAUCAUGUUUGAUUAUGAUAAAGUGGAAUUAGCGAAUAUGAAUCGAUUAUUUUUUCAACCUCAUCAAGCUGGAAUGUCAAAAGUUGAAGCAGCUUCUAAAACCCUAUCAUUCAUCAAUCCUGACGUUGUCUUUGAAACUCACAAUAUGGACAUUACCAAACUGGAAAAUUUCAACACUCUAAUUGAUCGAAUUGUUAAAGGUGGACUAGGAAAUAAAGCUGUCGAUUUAGUUCUUAGUUGUGUUGAUAAUUUCGAAGCCAGAAUGGCAAUAAAUACAGCUUGUAAUGAAGUUAAUCAGGUUUGGUUUGAAUCUGGAGUUAGUGAAAAUGCAGUCUCUGGACAUAUACAGUUGAUAGAUCCUGGUAGGACCGCUUGUUUUGCUUGUGCUCCUCCUCUAAUUGUUGCUUCCAAAGUUGAUGAAAAGACAUUGAAAAAAGAAGGAGUUUGUGCCGCAUCUCUACCGACCACUAUUGGUAUCAUUGCCGGUUUUUUGGUUCAAAAUUCUCUCAAGUAUCUUCUCAAAUUUGCUCCAGUUACUGAGUAUCUUGGCUAUGAUGCUAUGAGUGAUUUUUUCCCAACAUUUCCUGUAAAACCUAACCCUCAAUGUGACGAUUCUAAUUGUGUUCGUCGUCAACAGGAAUAUCAAGCAAAAGAAGCAGCUAAGCCAAAAAUUGAAGCUGUACCAGAAGAAGUCCCUGAAAUCAUCCAUGAAGAUAAUGAAUGGGGAAUUAGUUUAGUAGAUGAAUAUGUUCCCGAUUCAGAAGAAAUUGAAUUAGCUCCAGGAGUUAAACUGCAAUACACAAAAGACGCUCAACCCGCUGAAGAAAAUGCAAAAGAUUUCGUUCAAGAUACCGAUCAAUCUUUAGAAGAUUUAAUGAAACAAAUGAAAUCUCUAUAAAAAUACUUGCCUAGAUGUCAAUUUCAGUUACUAAAUAUUGUAUCUUUAUUGGAAUUAACCCUCCAAACUUAAAAAACGAAAUAUUUUCUAUUAUUUAGUUUCAAUUUUGAGCGACUUUGGAAUGAACAAUUCAACUUUUAUGCUGACUAUUUCUCUGUCUUUUGUUGAUAAAAAAAUCAUCAAUCAUCAUAUUAUAAUAAGUUCUCAUUAUUAAUCAACUCGGGCAUUUUUAUUCAGCAUUUGCAAAGCAAAUAUCUAUUUAUUGAAUUGAUAAAUUUUAUGUAUUAUUAUUAAAAACCUAUUUCUUUAUUUUGUCAUACAAGCUGACGUACAUCCAAUUAACAUCAUGUUGCGUUUUCAAUUGAAGUAAAUUUUUAACAAUAAAAAUUCUGGAUAAUUUA